CGUGGCCGCCAGCCUGUUUGUUAUACAAGUGUCGCUCUGCCAACAAAUCGGUCGAAUGUUGUCGUUGUCGCGUUUCGUGUCAAGGAGUCUCCUAUGCCCGAUCGCGUCUUCAAGUAACGUCGGCACGAAUGAUACACGCGUCUGACUUCUCGCUACAUUAUGUAUAUCAAACAGGUGAUCAUCCAAGGAUUCAAGUCGUACCGUGAACAGACAGUUGUCGAGCCUUUUGAUCCAAGACAUAAUGUAGUGGUUGGCAGAAAUGGAUCUGGCAAAAGUAACUUCUUCUAUGCCAUUCAAUUUGUCCUGAGUGAUGAAUUCUCACAUCUUAGACCAGAGCAGAGGCAGGCACUACUGCAUGAAGGGACAGGUCCUCGUGUUAUAUCUGCUCAUGUAGAAAUCAUAUUUGAUAAUUCUGAUGGAAGAUUGCCGAUUGAUAAAGAUGAAGUCUAUUUAAGAAGAGUAAUCGGCUCCAAAAAGGACCAAUAUUUUCUCAAUAAAAAGAUUGUGACAAGGAAUGAUGUGAUGAAUUUAUUGGAGUCAGCAGGAUUUUCUAGAUCCAAUCCAUAUUACAUUGUGAAGCAAGGAAAGAUAAAUCAAAUGGCAACAGCACCAGAUUCACAUAGAUUAAAGUUGUUAAGAGAGGUAGCGGGUACUAGAGUAUACGAUGAUAGAAGAGAAGAGUCAAAAUCUAUUUUGAAAGAAACAGAAGGCAAACUAGAGAAAAUUGAGGAUUUUCUACGCACCAUAGAGGAACGUUUGAAAACGCUUGAAGAAGAAAAAGAGGAACUGAAAGAAUAUCAACGAUGGGACAAGCAGCGUCGUUGUUUAGAAUAUACGAUCCACGAACGCGAGCUUAAAGAAAAUAAGCGAAAAUUAGAAGAGCUCGAGGAAUCUAGAGCAAAUAGCGGAGCUGAACAGGCGAGAUUAGGAGCAGAAGCAAAAACUGCACAAGAGAUGGUACGUGCAGCUACAAAAAGGCUAAAAGAAGCGAAAAAAGAAGUGCAGACUGCUAAAGAAGAAAGAGAUACUCUUAGUGCGGAACAGCAGCAAUUACUAAAAGAAAAGAACAAGUUAACUUUUACAAUUAAUGAUUUGCUAGAGGAAGUAAAAGGUGAUAAUGACAGCAAGAAACGUGCUCAGCAAGAAUUAGAAAAAUUAAAGGCUAACAUUGCUGUUCGGGAAGACGAACUGAAGUCUCUUAAACCAGAAUAUGAACGAAUGAAACGCGUUGAGGAAGAAUGUACACGAGAAUUGCAAUUAAAAGAACAGAAACGUAAGGAGUUGUAUGCUAAACAAGGUCGUGGCAGUCAAUUUACCACUAAGGAUGAAAGAGAUAAAUGGAUACAAAAUGAACUUAAACAGCUCACGAAACAGAUAAAGGAUAAAGAGGAGCAUCAAAGAAAGAUCAGUGAAGAUUUAAGACGUGAUGCAGAGAAACAGGUUAACUUGGAGAAGAAAAUAGGGGAACACACGCGCGAGAUGGAACGACAACGCGCGUCAAUAGAUGAUCACAACAAGCAAUAUUACGAGCUCACGAAAUCAAAGGAUCAGUGUCAAGCAACUCGAAAAGAACAAUAUCGGCAGGAGAGUGUAUUGCAGUUGCAAUUAUCUGGUCUAAAGGAAGAUUUAGCGAAAGCGGAUCAAAGUCUAAGAUCCAUGGCUGGUAAACCUAUUUUGAACGGCAGAGACAGCGUACGUAAAGUACUAGAUACCUUCCGUGGACGAAAAGAUAUGGCUAAUGAAGUGAGUAGCUACUACGGGCCUGUAAUUGAAAAUUUCAAUUGUGACAAAAGUGUUUAUAUGGCUGUUGAAGUAACUGCUGGAAAUCGAUUGUUUCAUCACAUUGUGGAGACCGAUAAGUUUGGCACGAAAAUUUUAAAGGAAAUGAAUAAUCAACGAUUGCCAGGAGAAGUAACCUUUAUGCCUCUGAAUAGACUUCACGUAAAGGAAAUUGAUUAUCCGCAGACCUCUGACGCUAUACCCAUGAUAUCCAAAUUGAAUUACGAUCCCAAAUUUGACAAAGCAUUAAGAUAUAUAUUUGGGAAGACUUUGAUCUGUCGUAAUCUGGAGGCAGCAACGACUUUGGCACGAGAUUCCGGCUUAGACUGUGUUACAUUAGAAGGAGACCAAGUUUCAUCUAAAGGUUCCUUAACUGGUGGAUAUUUCAAUACACUUAGAUCACGGCUUGAAAUACAGAAAACAAGAUCAGAAUUAAUGACACAAAUUUCUGCUCUUGAGGGCCAAUUAACGACACUUAAAGAUGAAAUUAGAAAGGCGGAUCAAAAUAUUAGUUCUUAUGUUAGCGAAAUGCAGAGAACUGAAACUAGGAAUAGUAAAGCUAAAGAUAUAUAUGACAAAAUGAAAGCAGAAAUACGUCUUAUGAAAGAAGAAUUGAGUGCUAUAGAAAGGUACCGAACACCAAAAGAAAGAAGUCUUGCACAGUGCACAUCAAGUUUGGAGGCAAUGCGCGCGACUAAAGAUGGCUUGGAGAGUGAAUUACAUCAAGAACUUAUGGCGCAGUUGUCCGUUGCGGAUCAACAUCAGGUCGAUACUUUAAAUGAUGAUAUAAGACGUCUAACGAAGGAGAACAAAGAAGCAUUUGCGAAACGAAUGCAAUUGGAAGCAGAAAAAAACAAGUUAGAAAAUUUAUUAACAAACAACUUAGUGAGGAGAAAAGAUGAGUUAGUUCAAGCUUUACAAGAGAUAUCGGUUGAAGAUCGACAGCGGCAGCUUGACUCGUCGAAGAUUCAGUUAGCAGAUAUUGAAAAAAGACUGGUAAAAGUAAAUGAGGACUUCAAAGCACAGAAUGAAAAAGUGACUAGUGCUAUGAAGAAACAAAAAUCGGAAUCUGCUGAAGUCGAGAAAUGGAAAUUGAAAGAAAAAGAAGCUCAAGAAAAAAUAGAAGCAGAUGCAAAGGACUUAGAAAAAUUAGCAAGCAAAUUAAAUAUCCUGCAGCAGAAAAUAGUAGAAUGUACACAGAAAAUUACUGAACUCGGCGCGUUGCCUAGUCACGAAGCUUACUCCAAGUUUAAUUCAAUGUCCACAAAACAGCUCUUUAAGGAAAUGGAAAAGGCAAAUAAUCACUUAAAAAAAUAUAGUCAUGUGAAUAAAAAAGCUUUGGAUCAGUUCAUGUCCUUCAGCGAUCAAAAAGAAAGAUUAGUAAAACGGAAGGAAGAAUUGGAUCGAGGCGACGAAAAAAUAAAAGAACUUAUGUCGGUACUGGAACAGCGCAAAUGCGAAGCGAUACAAUUUACAUUUAAACAAGUAAGCAAGUAUUUCAGUGAGGUAUUUAAAAAGCUUGUACCUUCGGGGCAUGCCCAAUUGGUCAUGAAGACCGCGGAUGGCGAUGAAGGAGAUGACGGUACAGCGGAGCCUUCAGAUUCUGACAGAUUUAUUGGCGUUGGUAUAAAAGUGUCAUUCACAGGGCAUAGAGGCGAAAUGCGAGAGAUGAAUCAAUUAUCUGGUGGGCAGAAAUCACUCGUAGCGUUGGCUCUGAUAUUCGCGAUACAAAAGUGCGAUCCUGCACCAUUUUAUUUGUUCGAUGAAAUCGAUCAGGCGUUAGAUGCACAGCACAGAAAGGCAGUAGCAGAUAUGAUUCACGAGCUUAGUUCUGACGCUCAGUUCAUUACUACGACAUUCAGACCGGAAUUAUUACACCAUGCGAAUAAGUUUUAUGGAGUAAAGUUCAGAAAUAAAGUCUCGCACGUCGAAUGUGUAACACGAGAAGAAGCAGCUGAUUUUGUCGAGGAUGACACAACACAUGGUUGAAAUAAGAAUAUUUUUAUUUAUACAAGUCAGCAAUCAAGAAAUUUUUUUUUCGCGCAUUCAGAAGAUAACACACAUAUGCAAAUGGAUCAAUUUUACUGUGAUCUCUGUCAAGAUUUUCUUCAUGUUGAUAGCUUUUUUUUAAAAAUAUUUACGCACGAAAUCUCAAGAAAAAAAAGGGGGAAAAAUCAAUUUUUUUAUAUUCAGUUUACAUUUGGAUUAUAUGGCAUGGAUCAUUGUAGUAUGCAACAUGAUAAUAUUAUCUUAAAUAUAUACAAUAUUUGAUAUAUCAACAUCGAAUAUAUUAUAAUAUUAUCAUGUGGCGUGAUGUUACAUUACGAAUUUUAAUAGAGGAUAAAAUGUAUAAUUUUUGAAAUAAUUUAAUUGAUAACUUAACACUUUAUUUGCAACAGAUUUACAUAUGGAAACACUAUAAGUAGUACGAUAAUUGGUAUAUAUAUGAAAUUUGGUAUAUAUAUGAACUGUUUUUUAUAUCAUAAACUUUAUAGGAAAAUAAAAGAGGAUUAUAGGAUAAGAAAUAUAAUAUUAGUUUAUGACAAAGUCUCAUGUGUCUAAAAUGAUCGUUCCAUUGUAAUUGGGAUAGUUUUCUAAGUGGAUAUAAGAGAAAUGUUGAUAAGGACAAUAAAUAUUCCAAA